AUGUUACGUUUAGUAUUAAGUGAGACUCCAGAUGAAUUCUCUAAAAUUAAUUAUUAUAAAAGUGAAAACUUUAUUGUUUUGACGGGAGAACGAAAUGGAUUAAAAAAUAAUAAAAGUUAUAGUUAUGAAUCCGAAGAUGUAAUUAGUGUUAAAUCUUACAAUAUAGGAGAUGAAGAGUAUCGGUUUUUAAUUUUAUGUGACGGACACGGAGCUAAUGGAGCUCGUGAAUCUGCUGAUAUAUGUUCAAAAAUGUUACCCACGUUUAUAAUUAAAGAGUAUUCUAUAUGUAAAAAUAUUAAACAAUCUAUAAAGAAAGGGUUUGAAUAUAUGGAUAUUCAUUUAAAAUUAAACUGCCUUAACCAAUUCGAUAAUUCUGGGACUACGGCUACUUUAGCG